UCCACAUCCACACAUUGAGCAAAGUUUAUACCCGAAGAACCGAGAACCACACCAAAGGGUUGAGUUUUAGGAUACAAGAAUUUAGCCCGUAUUCCGUCCUUGUUUAAGCAGCUCUGGCUCUCUUUAAACGGCGCCUCCUGCAUGGGAUUCAUGCAGACGGGCAAAGUAAAAAGAUUCAGCAGGAGGUUUACUUAGUUUUGUAUGUAGGAGAGAAGAAGAGAUUCUGAAAUAGUGAGGCAAAUACAUACAUGUUACAUUACAUUACAUACACACAUUAAGAAGAAGAAGAACCCACCUACGGAACGUACAUAAUAAAAAAUAAGAAGAAGAAGAAGAAGACGUCUCUUCUCUCUUCUUUUGUGGUUUGGUAUUAACAUGGAAGGUCUGGAUUUAUUGUAAGAAAAGAGACGAGAUCUCUCUCAGACCAUAUUAAAAAAGUGUGGAUUGAAUUUUUAUUUGAAGAAUCCGUCCGUCGUGUCGGUGUAGAAAAAAAGUGGUGGUGGUGUGGUGGUAGUAGCGAACUGGUGAUGGGAUUGGUAUUAAAAAAUAAGUAAUACAAGCAGGUUGGUUGGUUAAAGAGUGAAAAUUCGGCUGGAAUUUUGAUAAGAAAUUUUGAAAUUUGAAAAAUAGAAGUGACUUUCUCUCCGCAUGCAUGCACUUGUUCUUCUCGUGGGGAGGGAGGCCGUAGGGAACUGUAGAAGUAGAUGAAUUGAAGGCGGUGGUGGGGUCACGAGGAUAAGAAAGAUAAGGCAGACUUAUCGGUGAUCGGUGACGAAGUUUGGGGAGCGAAAAACUUUCACCAUGACAUGACGCGAGAAAGUUUGCCUAGUGAAGAAGAAGAAGAAUCGAGUAGAGGAAAAAAAAUCUAUCAAUAAUUGAGGAUAACUAGCCGGGAAAAAUCAUAAUAUAAUUAUCGUUUACUUAUCUGCUGCAUUAAUUUGUUAACACUGUUGAUAAGGGAGGAAUAAUAUGUAUUAAGUGACCUUCUCUCCUUAAAAAAAGUUGUACGUGUUUACUUACCUGGAAUUAUUAAUUAUCCUUCGUUAUCAUCAUUCUCGUCACCUCCUUUUUUUCGUCUGUCUCUCUGUGUGCGUCACAUAACAAGACCGGAUUGAAAGCAAGCCACCCUAAAAAAAGCUGCAAUAAAAUAAUAAAUACGUCAAGUUUUCGGAAAUUGUGAAUAUCUAAAAAGUCCAUAGAGAUUUUUCCGGUUUGUUUAUUUUUUUCGGUGGAAAUUAUUAUAUUCCGAAACAGACUUUUGUCUUCUUCUGCUGUCCUGUUCCAUAAUAAUUAUGUAAAUUAGAAAUACGACAACGACGACCAAAUUAUUGGGAGUGGUUAUCGAUCGUAGACUUAUCCAGAAGAAAAAAAGACGACUCUCGGUGUGAACUUGCUGACCUCUCCUGCUGCUGCUGCUAACCGCUGCUGCUAAAUUACUGACCUUAUAAAAAUCUGCUGCCCUUUUGCCUUCAAUUUUUAUUAAGAAAAAAGUCAAGAAGAUAACAUUAAGUGUGACGAAGAAGAAGAAGAAGACGUAAUCAAAAUGACGAGUAAUCAAACCCAAAAGUUGUCUACGACGGAGCGUGUGAUUAAAAGCGUGCCCCUGCCCCCCUCGCACAAGUUGACGUUAGCGGAAGUGUUUGACUCUCGGACGGGGAAGCCUAAUCACGAGCGUUUGAAGCAGCACUUUAUCCAGGAGGGUCGAAUGGAGGAACCUGCCGCCCUCAAACUGAUCCACGACGGCUCCACACUCCUCCGCUCGGAAAGAACGAUGAUCGACAUCGAGGCCCCCGUCACAGUAUGUGGCGACAUUCACGGGCAGUUUUACGACCUUAUGAAGCUCUUCGAUGUGGGCGGGGACCCCGCAUCGACCAAGUACCUAUUCCUAGGCGACUAUGUCGAUAGAGGAUACUUUAGUAUAGAGUGUGUAUUGUAUUUAUGGUCGCUAAAGCUAACGUACCCCACGACGCUAUUUUUACUCCGAGGAAACCAUGAGUGUAGGCAUUUAACCGAGUACUUCACCUUCAAACAGGAAUGCAAGAUAAAGUAUUCGGAAAAGGUGUACGACGCGUGUAUGGAGGCGUUCGACUGUUUGCCUCUCGCAGCGCUGAUGAAUCAACAGUUUUUGUGCGUGCAUGGCGGCCUGUCGCCGGAAAUCCAUACGUUGGACGACAUCCGGCGGUUGGACAGGUUCAAGGAGCCGCCCGCCUUCGGACCGAUGUGCGACCUCCUCUGGUCCGAUCCGCUCGAGGAUUUCGGCAGUGAGAAGAAUACUUCGGAGCAUUUUACUCAUAACACGGUUCGUGGGUGCUCAUACUUCUAUAGCUAUGCAGCUUGCUGUGAUUUUUUACAAAACAAUAACCUCCUGUCCAUUAUAAGAGCUCACGAAGCACAGGAUGCAGGCUAUCGGAUGUACAGGAAAAGUCAGACGACCGGUUUCCCAUCGUUAAUAACCAUCUUUUCUGCACCGAACUAUCUUGAUGUGUAUAAUAACAAGGCUGCCGUAUUGAAAUAUGAGAACAACGUGAUGAACAUUCGCCAAUUUAAUUGUUCCCCGCAUCCGUACUGGCUCCCCAAUUUCAUGGAUGUCUUCACCUGGUCACUACCCUUCGUGGGAGAGAAAGUGACGGAAAUGUUGGUGAACGUAUUGAACAUUUGUUCCGACGACGAGUUGAUGACGGAGGGCGAGGAAGCGGACGACGGGCACUAUAUUCGACGACUGAGCGAAGCCAAAGAGCUGGCGGCUUCAGCUGCUGCACGGAAGGAGGUUAUCCGCAACAAGAUUAGAGCCAUUGGCAAAAUGGCACGUGUCUUCUCCGUCCUUAGGGAGGAGAGUGAAAGCGUCCUGCAGCUUAAGGGGCUCACUCCCACGGGGAAUUUACCCCUGGGUGCGUUGUCUGGGGGAAGGUCGACACUCCGGAAUGCUCUGCAAGGGUUUUCUGCAAACCACAAGAUAAUGUCGUUCGAGGAGGCGCGCGGACUGGACGCGAUAAACGAGCGAAUGCCCCCACGGAGCGAGGGUGGCUCGCCGGUGACGCCGAACGCGGGUCCGACCCCGGCCGGCGGGGCUGCCUCUGCAAAAGCUUCCACGUCAGGGAAACCGCCCGGAAAUGGGAAAACUGCCACGACGGCGACGCCCACUCCUCCAGCGGCCGCCGCCGCCGCAUCUGCGAACAACCAUCGAUAAGAUAAUCAAAUAUAUGCAAAUCAGUUGCUCCAGAAAAAACAAGACAGUCUUCUCCUCUUGAUGAAUUUCUAUACAUAAAUAAAUAAACUUCAGUCCUUCAAUCUCUCACUCUAAAUACUACUCACCACGAUUCUACUCUUUCCCUUCACUCACUUAAUGAAUAAAUAAAUGAAUGAACGAACGAGGUCACGAGGUCAUCAUCAUCAAUGUCACGUCAUAUGUCAUGUCUUUUAUGAAUAUUUCCCGAUAAUUGUUAAGCUAUUUAAAAAAAAGUAUGGAAAUGAUGAUGUGAUUAAGAUUUAGUGCGGAAUGAAAGUGGAUUCGGAUUGAGAUUGGAAUUUAAGAAAUUUUACAAUCAAAAUCGUAAAAGUCGAACCUUAAAAGUCAAGUGUACACAAAUUAUGUAGUGGGUAAAAUUUCUAGGCAUAGUUUUUAAGAAAUUAUGUAUGUUUGACUUGGUUUUGUUUUCAAAAAUGGAUAUAUAUAUUUCCUUGAAUUCUUGUGGGAGGGACUGGUUUCCUGAAAUACGAAGAAGAAAAAGAAGAAAAAUUGAAAAGUGUUUUUUGAAAAUGAUUCGUUGUCUUGUCCAAUUUUGAAAAAAAGCAGAUUUGUUCGUUUGUUUGUUUUUGUUUUUUUUGCAAAAACUGCACAGACAACGCUGGACCCUUGUCUUUUGCACGAUUUGCACACAAUAAUUAAUUAAUUAAUUCGUAAAUAUGUAAAUAUGCUACGACACGCCCAAAUUUAAGACUUUUAAGGAGGUUAAUUAAUUAUUCACUAAUUUUAAGGGGCUAUUGGAUAUAAAAAAAUUAUGCAAAUUGAAACUUAAAAUCGAAACCUUUCUCUUAAUUUCCUAAAAAAUGUGUGUCUUUUUUGUGAAUCAUUAAAUUAAGAAUUAAUUAAUUAAUUACGUAAUCACUUAAGAGUUAAGGACUGUUAAAAUCUAAUCAUUAUUAUGAAAAUGUCUCUCCGUGUGUGUAGUUGUAUAAAAAAAUGUGGUGGUAAUUUAAAUAUUUAAAUGAGUUAUCAAUUAAAUAAUUAUUAUGCAAAUUGUUCCAUGUAAAACUUGUAUAAAAAACUAGCUUGUAAAAUACAUAAGUCAGAGAGAUAUCAAAAGUCAAGAUUUUGUGGGGGGUGUGCGAAAAUUAUGCAAAAUUGAGAAUAAUAUGCAAAAAUUUAUGCUAGGUGUAGACCUAAAAAAUCUAGUAACACACUUUUUGCCAAAGAAUUUCUAGAAUUGGUGAUAAAGUAAGGAAAUUUUGAUGCUAAUUAUUAAUUAAUUACUUAUUAAUUACUAAAAAAAACACUUUAUCAUGGUCUCGAUUAUCAUCAUCUUGUCACUUAUGAAAAAAAUCCCGUUGAAUAAUUAAUACAGCUUGAAGAAAAAAUAAGUAAUCUUUGUUUGUUUGUUAUUAUUAUGAUUUGCGAAAUUUAUACAAUUAAAAAGUUUAAUUGAAAUUUGGGAAAGACAAUUUUUAAUUUGCGAAAAAAACAGUGAAUUUUUUUUAAAGUCUGGUCAGACACUUGAGAGUGAGAUCCAGUUUGAUAUUAUUUUAAUACGUGUCGCGUUAUAAGUUAACUAUUUAUUUAGAAAAAAAAUAAUUGCAUAAUUUCUGAAAGUAAAAUUGGCCAGGAUUUCUUCUUCCAGUUGUCCCUCGAUAUCGAUUUCUGCUACUAUAAAAGUUUGCUAUUUUUAGGAAAUAUUCAUGGAUUUGAAACUCAAAACUUUUUACUACACUGCAAAAGAUAUCAAUCAUUUUUAAAGAAGACAAUUAAAAAAUAGGGAAACUUUUUGACUUUAAAAAGCUCAUGGGAAAAUCGAGCUGUGUUGAAAAAAUUGCGAAUUUUUGUGCAGAAAUAAUAUCUCUGGAAUAUAUUUAGGUACACAGAAUUAUGCAAUUCUGUGCAAAAUUUCUGGGGACAAUUCUUCUUUGUGGGAAUUUUGUGCAAAAUUCUCCAUACGAUAUCUCUAGAGUAUACAGAAUUAUACAGUUCUGUGUAAAAUUUUUGGUGAGAAUUUUUCUGCAGAAAAGUGUGCGAAUUUUUUUCGCCAGUUCGAUUUUUUUCACGUGAGAAUUACAUACAUAGAUUUAGCAUAAUCAGCACAAGCCAUAAGCAGCCAAAUGAGAGAACCUUUUUAAAUUAUGUAGAGCCUUAAAUUAGAGCCUUAAUUGAUUUCCUUAUGAUCCAACCGAUUAUGCAACUCGCAAAGUAAUAUUUAAAGAAAAAAUAUCGAUACUUAAAAAAAUAGUUACUAAUUUGCUCGGAAACUUUUGAUAUGACCUGUUUAACUUGUUGUUUUUUCAUACUAAAAUAAUUUACGUUUCUUAAAAUAAUUAAUUACGUGCAGCUUUUUGAAUCUGAAAAAAUCUUCACUUUUUCUCUGGUCAAGAGUGCUUUAUUGAUACAUCAAACUAAUAAAAAACCGUAGCCUUUUUGCAUUUACAUACAUACAGGAAGGGAAAAUUCGAAAGUAAGUAAUUUAAAGUCAUAUUUAAACAAAAAAGUGAAAGUUACAUAUGCAAGUAAGGACUUAAAAAACUGUUUCUGUGAAGGACGAAAUGUUUGCAUACAACAUAAUUGUUUUAUUUAAACAGGUAAUUAAUUAAGGAUGCACAUACAUUUUACAUGAUUAAUUAGUAGGGUAAUUAUAAUUAAUUAGUUACUUAAGUAUUUAUUAAAGUCAUCCCUGAACUGAUAUUUGUAAGUACGUCAUCAUAAUCAUCAUCAUCGCUCUGUUGCCUAAUCAUCAUCAUGUCUAAAAGUGUAUGUAAAUUUAAUUAAUUAAUUCGGGUUGAUUAGUUUCUUCUUUUUUUAAUUGUAAUUGAAUCAAGUCAGUUUCUUUAUUUUUAAUUAAUUGGUUAAUUAAGGGUUUAUUUGAGGUUAUUAUAUUUUGGGGGAGAAGGCUCAGUUACAAAUUAAUAAUUAAUUUAGGUUGACCUGAAUUUGAUACAUUUAAGACUUUUAAUUAAUUGUUUUGAAUUAAUUAAUUAGUUUUUUUUGGAAAUUUAUCUAAUUUUUUGUUUGUUUGAACACCAGCUAACAAAAAAAGAUAAGCCAAUCAAUUAAUAAAUGAAGAAAAAGACUAGGGAUUAAAAAGAGUUAGUAGAAAGUGAUAAGAUAAGGUUUUAUUUAACGGAUAAGGUAAUUUUAUAAUAAGGUAAGAAUUAUAUACAAUCAGUGUUGAAGGAGUGGGGAAAAUUGUGGUGGGUGGGUGGGUAAUUUUUGGGAGAAAGAAAUUCGCGAAUUUGCAAAAAUUUCUGCAAAAAAGAAAUCGAGAUUUGUGAAGAAACCACCCCCACUUUUGAGCCACACACACUACAGCAAUCGCCCGGUGACUAGAUAAGGACGUGAUUUUUAAACGGUAUUAAAUUCGUUUUUCCAGUCGUAAAACCAAAAAUUUGGAGAUUUUUAUGAAAUCGAAAUUUCUCCAAUUUUUGGGAACGAAUUUGGGAAAGAAUUUAAUCGGCCCGUUUUUAAUCACCUUUUUAAAAUAAACGAUUAAAAACAGUCAGGUUUCUUCUUCUAUCGAACUUAUUAGUUUUGAAAGAAAAAAGAGAAAUUAAAUUGUAAGUUAAAAUUUAAUGAGGAAAUUAAAGAUGAUUUAAUUUAAUGCCACCUUUUUCUGAUCGCUCAUUAUAAUUAUAAUUACGGUAAUUAAUUAAUUAUCAGUUUUUCCUUUAUUCUUCAAAGCGAGUGCUAAAAAAUACAAAUAUUACGGAUUUUUGAUUGCAAAAAUGGAUUUGCGAAUAAUGAAUAAUGAUAAAGUUGCCAAUUUAUUUAACUGAUUAAAAUGAUCAUA